GGAGCUUCAUUGAGCGCGCAGCUGAAAGUCGGCUCUGAUUCCUGUACUGUUCUGUGUCUGAUUCUGAAUAAAGUUUGUUUAUGUGACAUUUCCCUGAAGCUACGAUGGGAUCCAGGACACUCAGCGGCGCAAAGAGGUUCACUGACGCUCUCUGGUCCAGUCAUGAGCAGAAAAACACUCCCUACCAGACUGAGGAAGACGUUCAGAUUACGAACAUGGACGGAGAAGAAAUCUCUCUAAUAAACAUGCUAACUAGUAACCAAACCGUCUACAUUUGUGAGAAAACGGUGCUCAAAAUUGAUUGUGAAUCUGAGCCACAGGCCACAGCAGAAACCUCAAACUGCUCUGAAAUCGGUGAUGAUGGUGAGACUGAAGCUGAACAACGUGAUGAAAGUCUUAGAACUGAGCCAGAUCCACAGCCGCUCAGUGUCAACCAAGCAAGACAGCUGCUGUCCUUCUAUACCCUCGCCCAGAACCCCAGUAUAUCUUUGGUGACUGAACGGCUGGCGCCUCUAUGGGUGCGUUGUGACAUGUCUGACCCAGCGGGCACCGCGUGGCUCGGAGCUGAGAUGGUUUACACCGGGAGCAAAGUCACAGGAGCCAAACUGUACAGUGUUACAUGCAAAGGUCCAACAGUGGACCACAGCCGUGUUAUGACUCUGGACGAGGUGAAACAGGAGCACAGGAAGAAGCACCACUCACCCUCAAUGACUCUGAAAGGCUCUGCCAGAUAUAACCUGUUUGGUUCUGUUACUGUUGAAAACACAAUUAUCGACUCCCAAAGCAGCGUCACUGUGGAUUUCAAAUGGAGUGACGUGGCGAGGAUUUUGGAAACUCCGCCCAUGUCCUCCACAGCAACACUGAACAUCAGAGUUUCCAGUGGAGACAUGAGGAGCCCCAUGUUUGAGAUGUUUAAGGAGCUCGAGUUUCUUCAGAGUCUUGCAGAUGGUUUAAGAACUGGAGAGAUUGAGUGGGUGGAGCCAAUAGAAACAACUCCAGCCGUCGAUCUGACCAGGGCACUUCUAGAAGAGCUUCAGAAUUCAACAAAAACUCAAGACCAGACAGUGAAACCGGCAGAGCCUGAGGAGACAGCCUCAUUCAUGUCUCUGCUGCAGAGAGGAGACCUCGACUUCAUUGAACAACUGUGGCUCCGACUCAGGAGGAGUGUGACUUCCUGUCAGGACAUCGGCAAUAGUUUGAAGCUUGUCAUCGAUGGUUUAAGAUAUGGAGAGAUCAAACCCUGGGUCCACAGGGACAGUAACAGCAGCCUCAGUAAACUCAUUCUGCAGUCGUACCACCAGAAGAUUGACCCUGUUUGUUUGACUGGACUCACUCCGGUCCAAAUGCUGCUGGAGAUGGGUCUGGACAAGAUGAGGAAGGACUACAUCAACUAUCUCAUCGGUGAAGAAUUAACAACCUUAAAUCAUUUGCACUAUUACCUAAGCACAGAGGUCAACAUCCAGGAGCAGAUCUCCAGACUGGAGAAACUGCACCACCUGCUGGAGAUACUGGGGACCUGCACCACAUUCCUGGGCCUGCCGUAUCAUCGCCUCUUUCUCCUCACACAAUCAUGUUUGCAGCAUUAUAAAACAAACCCAUAUGAUGGAAACCACACCUUUAAACUGCCCGUCCAGCCCGCGCUAAUCACUCACUUCUACCAGACGGAGCAUCCUGUUUUAUGGGGGGUUGAGGUUUGCAGUGGUCAUGGUCCUCGUGAGGUCAGGACUUUACUGCAGCUCAGUGACCAGCCACUCGUGGAUCAUGUCGUCUUUGACACAGAUUAUGGAAAUGAAACAGUGAAUGGAGACUCUGAGGAAUUGGCCUGUUUUUCCACACUGGUGUGUUGUAGUCUGGUCAAUUUUGUGUAAACUCUUUAUAAAUAUGUUUGUAUAUUUUUAAUGUCAUGGAUGUCAAGUAACGGCAAUUAGUCAUGUUUUUGCCACAGCAUUUUUAAUAAACAUUUUUAUAAAGCACUCAAGAUUAGCGUGCGAUGCUAGUCUGUUAACAAGCUGCAUUUAAAUCACUUCAAAUGAGACAUUUGAUCCCCCCAGAGCCUCUAGCUCCUCCUCUAGCUCCGCCGCCUCAACAGAAACAUGAGCAACACAGCACUGAUCAAAAUGGACAUAGUACAGACAGUGGGAACCACGAUCUCAGUGACCAUCUCCAUGUGGCUGGUCAGCGGGUCUGCAAACACAAAAGAGCUAGUCAGUGUAAUGUGAGUCUGAGGAGAAUCUCUGAAGCAAGCAGUGAGCACAGCGCUCAAAGGGUUAAUGUUUUUAUUUCAAACUUAUUUCUUACCAUGGAUAAGUCUUAGAAUAUUGGCAGCAGUGCUCCGCUGUUCCUCUAAUGAAAGAAGAAAAGGAGCAGUUUAACCCUUUGAGAACUGCAGCAACAAAACAACACAAUCAGUGUCUUCUGUUUAUUCUGUCUCACUCUGUUCUGUAUGAAUCUGUUUGUCUCUGUGUGUGUCUGUGUAUUGUUUGACUAAAGGCAGCUCACAGUUAAACUUU